GGGUCGGUGGAACCAGCGAGUCGUCGCGUUCCUCGGCGCUUCUUGGGUGCUGUAGUUCUUGGGCGCGGGAUUCUCAAGACGCCGGCCGUCGUCCGUUCUCUUUUCUAAAGCCUCGGGUGGUCGCCAUCUUGGCGCGGCUUAAUUGUUGCGGAAGCGGGGGCCGGUGAGAGACUGAGGGCAAGAACUGAGAAUCUGUUCACUUGGUUGUGCAAUGGAAAAUGCAGAUAAAGGCAAUGCUUCUUCCAGAGAGGGCCUUCUGCUUAGACUGGGCCUCAAUGAUAACAAAGCUGGAAUGCAGGGGCUGGAUAAGGAGAAGAUCAACAAAAUCAUAAUGGAAGCUUCCAAGGGUUCUAAAUUUUAUGAAAAUGAGCUGAAGAAGGAUCAACAAGUUAAUGAGCGAAUUGAAAAAAUCCUGAAAUUAAAAAGUAAAGUAACCGACCAACAGCUUAUGAAAGCACAGAUAAAGAUGGAUAAGCUUGCAAUGAAGUUAGAUCAGAGCCGUGAUCUUAGCUGUACCAUUGUACACAUUGACAUGGAUGCCUUUUAUGCAGCUGUUGAACUGAGAGACAAUCCUGAAUUGAGGGACAAGCCCAUAGCAGUGGGGUCAAUGAGUAUGCUGUCCACUUCAAAUUAUCAUGCCAGAAGAUUUGGGGUACGUGCAGCCAUGCCUGGGUUUAUUGCCAAGAAACUCUGCCCACAUCUUACUAUAGUGCCUUUAAACUUUAAGAAAUAUGAAGAAGUAAGUAAAGAGGUUAGGGAAAUACUUGCUGAAUAUGAUCCCCACUUUAUGCCCAUGGGGCUUGAUGAAGCCUACUUGAACAUAACAGAGUACUUAGAAGAAAGAAAGAACUGGCCUGAAGACAAAAGGCAGCAUUUCAUCAAAACAUACAACUCUGCUCUAAAUGAACAACAACACCAACAGUCAACAACUCAGAUAAAGCCAGUUGUCUUUGGAGCAUCAGCUGAGGAAGUGGUGGAGGAAAUUCGCUUUAGGAUUGAACAAAAAACAAGACUUACUGCCAGUGCUGGCAUUGCUCCAAAUACGAUGUUAGCAAAAAUGUGCAGUGAUAAAAAUAAACCGAAUGGUCAAUAUAGAAUCCCCCCAGAAAGAGAAGCUGUGAUGAACUUCAUCAAAGAUUUACCCAUUAGAAAGGUGCCUGGCAUAGGAAAAGUAACAGAAAAAAUGCUUAAAGCUCUGAACAUUGUGACUUGUUCAGAACUUUACCAGCAGAGGGCACUAAUUUCUCUUCUCUUCUCUGAAACAUCUUGGCGUAAUUUCUUGGAAAUCUCCCUUGGUUUGGGUUCCACCCAUUUAGAAAGGGAUGGAGAAAGAAAAAGCAUGAGCACUGAAAGGACAUUUAAUGAAAUAAGUGCUGCAGAACAAUACAGCUUGUGUCAAGAACUUUGCAGUGACCUUGCUCAGGAUUUGAAAAAGGAAGGACUUAAAGCUAGAACUGUAACUUUAAAGUUGAAGAAUGUAAACUUUGAAGUAAAAACAAGAGCUACUACAGUAAUGUCAGCAGUUUCUACUGAAGAAGAAAUAUUUGCUGUUGCUAAAGACUUGCUUCGGUCAGAAACAGAGGCUGUGGCCCCACAACCUUUACGCCUGCGACUGAUGGGUAUACGGGUAUCAGGUUUUCUAAAUGAAGAAGAAAAGAAAUAUCAACAAAAGAGCAUUGUUAAUUUCCUAGAGCCUGGAAAACAUAUCAGUACUACCGGGCUCUUUCCUAGGAAAUCGGAAGAGGAAAUUUUUCCAAAUGCUUCUGAGAAGGAGAGUUUUUUCAAUAAAAAGCGAGCUACAAGACAGCAAACUAAUCAAGCAGCUUCUUUAAACAUGUCUCCAAACAAGCAGAACCUACAAGAUAUGAAGUCAUUAGUGAAGUCAGUUGAACCAGCAGAGAAUAAUGGUGAACAUCAGAUCUUCAUUUGUCCUGUUUGCUUUGAAGAACAUCAAGAUAGCACGUUAGAGGCAUUUAACAGGCAUAUUGACAGGUGCCUUAGUGGAACAUUGGGAGAAGAUAUUACAGAUAACAGCAAAUCAUGGGAGAAUAAAACUGAGUUGUCUGUAAACAUGGAAAAGAAAGAAUGUCAGAAAGAUAAAACAAGUAAGCCACAGAUUGAAGUACAGCCAGCAGAUAUAGUUGAUAAUGCUACAAACAGAAGCACAGACGUUUUUCCUAAGCUGCAAGAUGAUGAACACAGUAGGGAGAGUGAGUGUAGCCUUUCUAGUAACUUUGGAUUUGAUACAUGUGCAAAACCGGAUUUUCCCUCUAAUGUCUUAUCUGUGGAAAAAGAAGAAUAUUUUGAAGAGCCCAGUUCUUCGGAAAUUAAGUUGCCAUGUUUUCCUGAUGCUACUGAAAACAAGGUUUUAGUUUGCCCAGUCUGCAAUUUAGAACAAAAAACAACAGACCUUGCUUUGUUUAACAGGCAUGUGGAUGUUUGUUUGAACAAAGGAAUUAUCAAGCAGUUGACAGAAGAGUCAAAAAGCCUUGGAAUCUUGGACAGAGGACAGAAUAGUACAAAUUUCACAGUAGGAACAAAACGGUCUGGAACAGUGGUUCCCCAAUCGACAUCUAAAAAAGCCAAGUCAAAUAAUUCUAAGUGUACUAUCGAAAGUUUUUUCAAAUGAAUACUAUUUAUUUUAAGGACAUUUUCAUCACUGUUAAAGUACAAUACUUUAGAUAUGAAGUAAUCAGGAUUAUGCAGGCUUAACAUUUGUAUAAAAAAUUUAUAGACACUUUUACACUAUUCAGAUCACUAUUUUGUUAUCAACUAUACAAUAACACUUCAUAUUUUGACUUCUUUAAAAGUCAUUUUCAUAGCUCUUUGAUAGAAAAGAAAAAAUGAAGGAUUGAGCUUUCAGUUGGUAAUGAACAGAUACGCUUCAUAAAUCAAACCUUGUUAAAUUUGGGCUGAUGAUGAUUGGAGCAGUAAUACCAAGAUUUAAGACUUGGUUCACCUUCUGUUGUGCUAUACAAAAAGUUUAUUGCAGGAAGUGAUGAAGUUGUAGUAUAUUUAGCACCCUACAUUCAAACACUUGAAGUAUCAACUACACACACCAAAAUCCUAACUCCUGUUAAUUUAAACAGGAGAUCUGCUCUCUCCCCAUAGGCAGUCAGAACUUCAUGUGCCAUCUAGACUAGACUAAAUACUAACUGUACCUUGGAUAUGGGGCAACUACUAUGCCUCAUUUGAAUGAGAAGAAAAAUAUUUUUUAACUUGUUUAUGGUUAUCAAUAUCCAAGAGCCCUUGGACAGACCUAAAUUGUACUGUUGGAACAUUUUCUGUUCUGUGCCUUUGUAGAAACUGUUUUCAGCGCAAUUGUCCAAAAGGCUCUGCCUUCGCGAAUUAAUGAUUAAGAAGGCAAUGCACUUAGUGAAGUCAACUAGACUAAUUCAGUAAGACUAGAGCAGUGUAAUAGAUUCACUGUAAUAAAAACAGGGUAGGAAAUUGUAUAAUCAAAUAAAUCCAGCCUGUGUGUCUAAUUCUCCAAUAACUGAUCUCAUAAAGAUAUGAUAAAUGAUAUUUAGCUCUUAAGUGAAGGAAUUUUACCAAUCAAAUAUUAAAGAUUAUGAAGAGAAAUGUUAAUUUAAUUUGUUUACAUUUUCCAGACAUUGUAAAUGGUAUAUAUGUUUGUGUUUAUAUAAAUUAUCAAAUGUUUUAAAAUAAUUUUAUACAUAGUAUAUUCACAAUGUAAUAUAUCUUCCAAAAUAAAUCUAAUAUAGAAUAUAUUUUCCAAAACAGGUCAGACUUCUGUCACGUUUAUCAUAAAGUUGCUACUCUCACUGUAACGCAAAAUAAAGUGGCUUUGUAAAA